AUGGGCCUACAGAAUGGCCAACAAAACGCCGCUAGGGACCACCCCUAUCACCUGGUCUACGGUAAGGCGUGUCACCUUCCUGUCGAACUCGAAUUCAAGGCUACAUGGGCAGUCAAGUUACUGAAUUUCGACAUCAAGCCAGCAACUGAGAGGCGCAUGAUCCAAAUCCAUGAGCUGGAAGAGAUAAGGCACCUCGCCUAUGAAAGCUCCAAAAUUUAUAAGGAAAAGACCAAGGCCUACCAUGACAAGCGAAUCAUUGUCAGACGUUUCGAACCCAACAAUAAGGUCUUGUUUUUCAAUUCAAGGCUAAGGUUGUUCCCAGGCAAGCUGAAGUGUAGAUGGUUCGGACCCUUCACUGUUAAGGAAGUUUGA